GAGAGCUCCGUGGUAAUAAACGUCGGAGGAGAUGUUGGCACCAUGGGCUGGGUUGACCUUGAGCGCGGCAUCAUCCUCUGUGAUGUGUUGGGAGGCAUGGAGGACACCCCCACCAGCCGGCUGGUUCGCUACAUCCCGCUGCCCGACGCUGGGCCAGUUAAGAAGAAAAACAUUCUGCGUGGCACUUCACGGCGUUAUAGGACCGUUGCGGCAGUCCAUGGUCGCAUUGAGUAUGUUGAGGUGCAGAUCCAUGUCAGGCCAGGCCCUCGCCCAAAACGGCUUCAUGGCACCUACUUUUCAGCUGGCUGGACGAUUGUCAGGUGGAGCAUGACGGCAGCAGCUGGCAGUUCCGGCUGGCACAUGCACUCUAAGCUUAGGUCUUCCCGUAUCACCGUCCCAGCGGACAUGGCAGCAUUGCUGCCUACAUUGCCAAGGGACAUUGAUGAAGAUGCCACAACAUUGGAGAGGCUCCACAUUGGUCACCCCACAAUCAGCUUGUCUGAGGACAGUGACAUUGUCUACUUCAUGGCCAAGAUCGAUGAGAUGGAGAAGGAUGCGUGGGUGAUCGCUGUGGACACGAAGAAGAAGGUGCUGAAAGGAGUGACCGAAUUCACACCACGGUGUGUGUACAGCAUGGAGUUCACCUACAUGCCCACUACCAUCUCCAAGUAUCUUACUCCAGCUCGGACAGAGGUUGUUGACAUGUAAAGACCAGUGAUGUUGUUUUACGAUGGAUCCUUUGCAAAGAAGCUGCUGCCUGUGAGCUCUUUGAGCAGACAUGGGAGCGCAUCUGUACAGAACCUGCAGAAUGCCUGGAGAAGGGAAUGUUGUGGUUUCGUUGUUUUUUGUUUCAACCUCUGGUAAGCUUUGCUGCACAAGUAGACAUUGCCUACAAACAGUACGUCCUGCUUGGAUGGCUAAUUUUUUGUCCAAUUCCAGUGUAUUAAACGGUACUGAAUUUCUUUCCAGCCUUCCAGACUGGCCCUUGAAAGAGGCAUUUGGAUAGCCGGUAAAUGUCUGGGUAAUUACGAGAUAUUGGGAUAUUAGUGACACGUUUUUAUGCCUUAAUUUUGCCCUUGAGGAUAAUUACCUUUUUAAGAUUAUAUGCUCACUACCACUUCUUUGUUCAGGCUUAAGUUUAGUUAUUACCACUACUUUUUUUAACAUGCAAAUGCUGUUGAAGAGUGCUUUUGUAAUGACAUUCAUUUGGAUGAUGUUUCCUUUCAGUAAAAUUCUCGAGUUUUUUAUCCAGUGAUAUCCUUAAAUCUGUAGAUCAUCCACUGAUAUUUGUAUCUCUCUUUCAUUGUGCAACAAAAUUUGCAUCUGCUGUCCGCUGGCAUGGUCUUCCUUAAGCACCAGCUUCAUUACAUAAAUGCUACCAGUGUAGAUUUUGUCCAUUGAUUUG